AGCGAGCGUUGACUCACAUCCGGCAUCGUAGACGAUCGUUCUUUCCGUCCCUAGAAGCGGCACGGAGAUCUAAGCCGCUAAGCACUUUGACAAAGUCAAGCUCUACCAUCCAUUUUCCAAGGGAACGAAAAGCAUCAAACCCUACAUCAAUCAUGACUUACGGAGGUUCAUCCGGUGGUUAUCGUAGUGGCGGUACUGGUGGAAGUCGUGGCGGGAUGGGUCAGCGUAACGGUUAUGGUUCAGGUGGAGGAAACGGUGGACGUUUUGGAGGAAAUAGAGGAAGCAGUAAUGCAGGAGGAGGUGCGAUGGGAAGAAAUGGUGGAAGAGGUGGAGGUGCGGGUGGAAACUUGAGGAAACCAAAUUGGGAUUAUGAGAAUUUGAAGCCAUUCAAGAAAGACUUUUACAUUCCACAUCCGAACGUAUCGAGUCGUCAUCCCCGUGAGGUCGACACAUUCAGGGAAACCAAACAAAUUACUUUGAAGGGUGAAAAAUUGCCGAACCCCAUACAAUUUUUUGAAGAGGGUAAUUUCCCUGAUUACGUUAUGCAAGGAAUCAGGAAGCAGGGCUUUUCUGAGCCAACUGCGAUCCAGGCUCAAGGCUGGCCAAUCGCCAUGUCUGGCAGAAAUAUGGUGGGAAUCGCUCAGACUGGAUCGGGCAAAACACUUGGUUACAUUUUGCCUGCUAUUGUUCAUAUCAACAGCCAACAACCACUCAAUCGUGGAGACGGACCGAUUGCUCUCGUUCUUGCACCAACUCGCGAACUCGCCCAACAGAUCCAAACCGUCGCAAACGAUUUUGGCUCGCUGUCCUACGUCAGAAACACUUGCAUUUUCGGAGGUGCUCCUAAGGGCAGUCAAGCCCGCGAUUUGGAACGUGGAGUCGAAAUCGUCAUCGCAACACCUGGACGACUGAUUGAUUUCCUCGAACGUGGCACCACUAAUCUUCGUAGAUGCACUUAUCUCGUUCUCGAUGAAGCCGAUCGCAUGUUGGACAUGGGAUUCGAACCACAAAUCCGUAAAAUCAUUGAACAAAUCAGACCUGAUAGACAAGUACUCAUGUGGUCCGCUACCUGGCCAAAAGAAGUGCGAAACUUGGCCGAAGAAUAUCUUACAGACUACACUCAACUGAAUAUUGGAUCGUUGUCACUUUCGGCUAAUCACAAUAUUCUACAAAUUGUUGAUGUUUGCCAGGAACAUGAGAAAGAAGCAAAGUUGGGAACUUUACUCCAAGAAAUUGGUAAUGUAAAUGAGGACGGUGGAAAGACAAUUAUUUUCGUUGAAACGAAGAAAAAAGUAGAGAACAUCACAAGGAACAUUCGUCGUUAUGGGUGGCCUGCAGUGUGCAUGCACGGCGAUAAGUCACAACAGGAACGCGAUUAUGUUCUCAGAGAAUUCAGAAACAAGAAAGGCUCGAUUCUUGUAGCUACGGACGUGGCUGCCCGUGGUCUGGACGUUGAUGACGUGAAGUACGUGAUCAACUUCGAUUAUCCGUCGUCGUCCGAGGAUUACAUCCACAGGAUUGGCAGGACAGGACGGUCCGAAAGUACAGGCACCAGCUAUGCCUUUUUCACACCGCAAAAUGGUCGUCAAGCUAAGGAUCUCAUCAAUGUACUGCAAGAGGCUAACCAAGUCAUCAACCCCAAACUUUCGGAACUCGCUGCGAGAGGCGGAGGUGGCGGUUAUGGAGCGAGAAACCGUUGGGGCUAUGGCGGAAGUGGACGGGGAAGGGAAAAUUCAUUUUCGGGAGUGCACAAACGUUUCGACAGCGGACGAAGCAACGGAUUCAACAGUUACAGUUGAUUUAAUGGAUCAAUAUCUUAGGCCGAAUGAAUGAGCAGAAUGUGAACCACUUGAGAUCGACGAUCACCGACUAAUUUCGAUUAGAUUUUAAAGAAAUGCAAAAAUGAAGAAUCACAUCGCAAAAAACGUCUCAAAUGGGGUUCCGCGUUGAUAUUCGUCGUUCAAUUGCUCGGCCAUCAAUUAAAACAAUUCUUAUUUAUAUUUCUCUUAGCUUUUGUUACGUCUGGAGCUCCGCUGUCGAUUCUAAACCGAAUUUAGAUCAUCUUAUGUGAAAAAAAAAAAAACAAAUGGACAUGUCGAGAAGUUCGUUUUUAUCCACUGUGUGUAUAUGGACGAAGCAUUUUGUAAUAUGGGAAAUUCGGGAAAAAAAUUGGCCAGUUAAAUGCUAUAUGAAGACAGAAUUUUUAGCAGCAUGGUGAUUCAUGACGAUCCCUGAAAGUCUUUCGGUGAAUUCGAGAUUUGCUUUUUCAUUUAUGUUCGCUAAUCAAAAUUUUAAAACUCAAUCCAAAAAUCUGUCGAUCGAGUAUUUACGAGGUUUAAUCGUAAUUUGCAGAAAAAACUUGAUAUUUUGUUAAAUUCAUUUGUGGUAAGAAAAUUUUACGUCGGUCCAAUUUUUCCCAUAUGUCAAAAUGACUAUCGUUCGGUUGAUAGCCAAAAUAAGAGGCAUGGACCAUUGAAACACUUCAGUAUUCAUUCCAAGUUUCUGGAAUGGUCAGUAUCGCUUCAGGUCAUUGUGACAAAUUUACCGAUUUUUUUCCCGAUUUUUCUUUUGUUUUCACGUUUCGAAUCUUAAAUCAGAUUGUUUACAUCGAUUGUACGAUCGAUUUAUGUUUCACGAUAAAAGAAAAAAAGAAAAAAUUUGUGGAUCCCAAGCGUCUGACCAAAAUCAAGGUACAAUUGAUCUGAUGGGGUCUUCACGACCCUUAUGUGACAACAUUCUGUUAACAAUAUGAUAGCCUUUUUCGUGCCGUGUGCAACACUUCGAUGAGAACUUAUCUCGUUUACGAAUGUAACGCAAACGUGAAAAAAAUGAAAAUAAACAUUAUGAAAAAAAAUUA